AGGAACACAGCAAUGUCAGAGGAGUUGCUGCAAAAGUUUAUUGAAGACAUUGAAGAGGAGGAUGGGCUGUUCAAAAAAGCAAAACGAAAGCGAACAAAACAGGAACUGCAACGGGAACAAGUCAAAAAGAUACUGGCGGCGGCAGCCAAGGGACAGGUAGAACUUCCUCCAGAAGAAAGUUUCAUAAUCGAGCAACGAUCGAAGCCAAGCACAUCUGAGCUUGAUGAUCGGUUAGCAGAGCAAGGCUUUUCACUUAUUGAACAAGUUCGCGCUGCUCGGCCAGCGGAUCUCAUGAAGCGUAAUUUGAAGUAUAUGAAGUAUACAGACAAGAAGAGAAAAUUGGAUGCAGGAAAGGCGAAAUCAAUAGUUUUGGAACACCUCAGAAAAAAGAGUUCAAAGGAGCUGAUACGAAAAGAAAGAAGCAAAAUCACUUGUCUUCGAGAACCAAAACUAGAAGCAAAGAAGAAAGACGAAAGCGUUUUUGAUGAUGAAGAUUUUGCUGCUGUAGGAAGAAAGAAAAAGAAAUUGAAGAAAACAGAAAUACAGUAUCUGUGAGGAGGAUCAUCAGUGAGGUACAGGUUCACUUUAUUGUUUGUAUUGUUGUGG